UAAAUAAUUAGUCAUUCCGUUGACUAAUACGGUUGUCCAUUUUCGAACAAGUUAAACCACUAUAUAAAAAUGAAUUGUGAAACUCAACCUCAAUUGAUUGAUAGCGGUGGUUGAUAUAAAACAGUAUGAAGUUACUCAACCGCCCACAAAACGAAUUCUGGAAUUUAUUUUUAACCUGAUCCUGAUUCAAAAUGUGAACUUGUCUCCAAAUGUAUUUGAAAAGCUAAUCUCAGUAAUGAUGUCUGCCUUUGAAGGAAAAAAGGCUGCUGCUUCCUCUAUGGAACAUCUUCAGUUUGUCGCUAAUGUGUUGGCCAUUCUUCAGCUUCAAAUAAGGAAAUUCCCAAGUACGGAUACCAAUCUUUUGCUGAAUAAGCUGUGGUCACUCUGUCUGAGUGGCGAUCAGGUGCAUCCUCUCGCUGGACAGAUAAUCUUCACGUUUUCUGAUGAUUUGGCUCACCGAGUUGGAAGUUCGCCAGAAAUGCAGAAAGUGAUUCAACACUUAGUCCAAUCAAAGGAGAAGACGGAUCGUAAAACAGGCUACUCUCUUAUGCGAAAAUUGAAGGAGUAUGUCGAUCCCAAUUACAUUUCUGCAUUGGAACAUUUGGAGGAGCAACAGAUGCCCAAUAACUUAGUCAGUUUGUUGGACAAGCUGAAAUCCACCACCGACAUUUCCCCAUGGACGCGUAUUUUAUACCUCAAACUCUUCCAUUCCGAGAAUGAAUUAGUUCUUUAUGAAACAGUCAAAUAUAUAGCCAACAAUUUGACAAUAUCUCAUUUGACUGAUUGGAAUUUGAUAGAUGAGUUUCUAGCAGCCACCAAUGGAACGAUUUUUCAUGAUGAUAUUGAAGUCUUCAAAAACUUCGUAUUUUCAAGUGGAGUUGAAUCGAUUGUUGAAGCCCUGGUAAACGUUCCAUGGAAAUGGAACAAUGUUUCACUAUGGAAUUGGCUCAGAUGUAUACCGAAAGAGAAGAAAGGACAAUCGCCAUGCAUUAGUAAGGAAAUAUUGCUUAAAUUUGCUUUUCGAUUCCAAGAAAUGACAAACGUAAUAGUGCUGGAAGACAGUUUAUCUUUCGUUAUGGAUCGCUUUUGCGUUACAAUUGACAAAUUGUCCUUAAGGGAUUACUUGUUCUUUAUUGAGACGAUGUACAAAAACUUGAUGGUUAAAUAUUGGGACCAUGAUAGUUUGUUGGACAAAAUAAAGAAUUGUGACAAUUUUGGAGCGGAAAUCGUCUUCUUCAACAAAAUAAGCUUGGAUGUAAUAUUCCUCACUCAAUAUUACUCACAGUUGGCAAAUGCUUUAAUUGCUACUCUAAUUGAAAAACUAAAAACAGUACCAAAAGCUCAACGUGGACUGUUACCUUAUUACAUAAUGGUUUGGAUCACGGACUCUGGAAAGAUUAGGGAUUUUUGCGCCACCAAAUACGAAGUGAACAUUUCUUUAAUUCUAGACGGAGAUCUGAAGCAAAUACAAAAACAUUUGCUCGAUAAGCUCAUGUGGCAAACUGAAGAGGAGAAAUCUAUUUUGCUGAAAACUUCUGUAGACUUGUUUGUUUUAUAUCAGAUAAAAAAGUGGAAGGACAUAAAAUCUUUUGGCUUCAAACCACAGGAACUACUUCAAAUGGGAGGAAAGCGAACAUUUCAAUACUUGGGAAAUCUUUUGGAAGAAGUUGAUGAACGAUUGGAGGACGCGAAUGUGUUAUCGACUUUUGUGUCUUUACUGAAAAAGUUUCCAUUUCCUCAAAUAGCUGAGUGUAUUGGAAAAUAUGCAUCGAAACAUUUGACACCUGAAGAACAAAAUCGCAUUUCCUCGAAGAUUAUUUCGUAUCAUAUUCGUAGCAAUAGAAAUGUUGUUACUGAAUUAUUAAAAUCGGAUGUACAAUUUUCCAUCAAUAAAAUCCUAGAGGAACUUAUCCUUCAUUUAGAAAUAAUUGAAGAUGGAUGGAUUUUUGAAGCUAUAGUUGAUUUUUAUUACACAGUGAAGAAUCGAAACAAAAUCAUUUCUGAAUUUAUGCAGUUUAACAAUGAAUUAUCCGAGAGCCAUCCACGUUAUCUAGCCAACUCCAAGGAGCACACACUUAAAUUUUGCAUUGCCUCUGCUUUGAUGUCCAUCGACGGAAAAUAUGAAUGUUUAGAUUUGUUAUGGACAGCAUUACUUUCACCCCAUGAGCAGUUAAAUAUUACAUGCCUUUAUGAAGUAUUAGUAGCAAAACAUUUAGAAUAUCCACAAAUCCUUAUUGAGCGCUUGCAGUCUAUAGCUACUUUACAGCCAAAUCAACAAAUGUCCUUACUUUCCGUUACACAUUGGUUAUUAAAUAAUAAUUCUGAAAAUUGGAACGACCACAUUGAUGAAUUCUUACAAUGCUUGGUGCCUCUUACGGAAGCAGAAAACUUAGAAGUUCGUCAAUUCACAACACUGAUUAUACAAAAAUUGUUUACAGAAUAUAUAAGCUCGGGAAAUGGGCAUUUAAAUGAAUCUAUACAGAAAAUUUUAAAGGAUCAAAUAGCAAAUGAAUCGGUUUUACCUCAUGUGAAAGUUCGUCUCCUGUUACCUAAAUGGAUUGGAAAUCACUGGACAAAACAUAACUUUUGGUUUGCUUUUACUAUGGAAAAUCGUGUAGUAAGAUAUAAUAAUAAAGAAAACGAAAAAAUAGUGCAUGAAUUCCGAAAAGCUUUCAAAUCAACAUCCAUCCAUCCUGGUGGAGUUCCACCAGUGAAUGAAGAUAUGCCAAGCAUUAAACAAAUUAACGAUACAUAUCCCAAGUCCAAUCUAACCUGCUGGAAUACAUCGGCUGCAUCCGAGCCAGGAGUUGUUCCCUUAGUCCGUGGAACAAGUUCAUCUCAAUCUGAUGGCGAACUUAUUGUAUUAUCCACUCGCAAUCAUAAUGAAGCCAGCUUAAAUGACUUGAUGGAAACGUGCAAUGCGUUUGGCGUUCGAACUUUGGUAUUGAACAAGUUGACAAAUUUAGGAAUCAGAGCUGCAGGUGAACUAACAAUAUGGCUAAAAGAACCUGAGUCGUUGCAUGAAUAUUUGCGUGAGAAAAAAAUGAAAAAUUAUAAAAUUGUUGGCAUAGAAAAUAUGGAAAGAUCAUAUAAAUUGGCUUCAUCUCAGAAGACUAUUUUGGUUCUUGGUGAGGAUCAACAAGGCACAGCGGACAAUUUGAAGGACUUGUUAGAUUCAACAAUUGUAUUACCACUGACUGAUGUGAAAAAUUUACAAAAUAUGGCAAUAUAUUUGUGUUCUCAGCCAGGUCCUGAAAUGUGUUCUGAUGUUCCUUUAGUCCGUGGAACAAGUUCAUCUCAAUCUGAUGGCGAACUUAUUGUAUUAUCCACUCGCAAUCAUAAUGAAGCCAGCUUAGAUGACUUAAAGGAAACGUGCAAUGCGUUUGGCGUUCGAACUUUGGUAUUGAGCAAGGUGACAAAUUUAGAAAUCAGAGCUGCAGGUGAACUAGGAAUACGGCUAGGAGAACCUGAGUCGUUGCAUGAAUAUUUGCGUGAGAAAAAAAUGAAAAAUUAUAAAAUUGUUGGCAUAGAAAAUAUGGAAAGAUCACAUAAAUUGGCUUCAACUCAGAAGACAAUUUUGGUUCUUGGUGAGGAUCAUCAAGGCACAGCGGACAAUUUGAAGGACUUGUUAGAUUCAACAAUUGUAUUACCACUGUCGGAUGUGAAAAGUUCACAAAAUAUGGCAAUAUAUUUUUGUUCUUAGCCAUACAACGUUGUUAGUUAAUAUUAAUUAAUUUUAUUCACUUUUGUCUUAAAUAUUUUUAUUCCUAGAGCAUUGUAGUCAAAGUCGACGAGACAACUUUUUUAUGUUUUUCUAUUAGAGUGUAAAUUCGAUUGUAUCAUUAACCAACAACAAUUAUUAAAAAAGGAUUCAGAAAAUUA